UCGCGCGUAAUCGCUCGCUCGGUUCUUUCGCGCUAUUACUCACGCCCUGUCAACGUUAGUUAGUGCCAUUCGGAAGUAAGAGUCAAUGUAAGGUCGCGAUAUUUCCUUUACAUCGUUUCGCAUCGGAUGCGAUAUAUCAGGAGAGGCGUGCAUGUAACGCGACAUAUAAACCAGCUCGACGUAGCGGAUCUUGACGCAGAUCGCGUGAGCGAUUUUGGAUAAGAGUGGCGUGCGCGCGCGCGUCCGCAUCGACGUUGUCAAGUAAAAUCCGAUUAGAGAUCGCUGUUCGUUUGAGACGGUAAUAAACGGUAAAACGUAUAACAUGGAGAGCGAACAGCAACAACAACAACAACAACACGGCAAACAGCUGAAACCGAAAGACAGGUUAGUCAGCCUGUUGGAUCAAAUCGAACUGCACGUAGAACAAUUGCGGAAGGAUGCCGCGAGACUCGAGGAAGAGAAGGAUACUUUAUUGACAACCUUGGACACGCUUAGGAACAACGAUAUAUUAAUCAGCCUCGAGGAGCCUGACAGGGAUGAUGUUUUGAGGUAUGCAGAAAGGUUGUCUAUGCGCUGUUCAACUGUAGAUGUAUUAGUUACAGUUCAGCGUGAUCAUGUACAACAGGAGGCAUUACAUCAGGUUAAUGGUUUGAUUGAUAGCUUGAUUGUGAACUUGCGCCAUGAUCCAAGCAGCACUCGACAAAGAUGUGCAGAAUUUAUGAACGCAUGCUCCUCCCAUGGUAUGGGGCAUUCAGAUAAAAUCUUUGAGACUGCUAUUCUUGGAUGUACCUUAGAUGAUCAGAAACGAAUUAAGAAGAGAUUGCAGGGAUUACUUGACUAUAUUGAUAAGAUGCAUAUCUUGGAAAUGACACAGUGAAAACAACAAAGGAUUAUUUGGCAGAUAAGUCUGCCUCAUUCUUUAUACAGAUUUGAAGUAUCGGAGUUUUCCAAAGUUUUGGCGUUAUCGCGAUCGUGAAGCGAUUUUAGGGAACACUCGAGAAAAAUUGCGCGUUAUUAUUCUUUGCACUAAAUUUUUCACUUUCUUUCGCGGGUAAGUUAGGCUGCGUAUAUUUGGCUGUGUAGAAUACAUAGCAAUCAACUGGAUUUAGCAUUGUAGUGACAUGAUUCCUGAUAAUUUCUUUCAUACAAUUUCAGAAUUUAUUCUAAGAUGUAGCAUUUCAACAGCAUUUUCCUUUAGAGAAAAAAAGAAUAUCUUUGCUCGCGAAAGAAAACGUCGAUUAACAGUUUUCAGACCUAAUAUAUGUACGUUUUGAAAUAAAGAGAAAUUUCUAAAAAAAAA